AAAAACUUACAGGCCUAGGUGUCAGUUAAAUUUUUACCUUUAGUUUUUUGUUAUGGUUUGGUUGUCCUGUUUGAAUUAACUUACUAGGCCGACCUAAUAACAAAUCUUCAGUUCAAGAAAAUCAAGAGUAGCUCUUUCUGCAGCUGUGUUGUGGACUCUGGGGAUGGUGUUAUUGUCAGGGCAUGAGGUAUGAGCGACUCGGACGAUACCGACGCUCUCCUGCUUGUGCCACCAGAUCUUUUUUACAUCCACUCGGACUCUGAAGACAACUUUUUCUGUGAUGUGUCGGAAGAUCAGAAUCCACAGUUUGAGAGAAUGGUCGUCAAUGAUCUCAUCCAUCACGUCAGCGAACUGGAGAACAGGGUGCACGUGAUAGAACACAAGGAUAGCUUGAACCCGUACUGUUCAGACAGGAGCUUCUGUAGUCAGCAGUGGGAUUGCUCUGCUGACGCAGCUCGCGGUUUGGGCGCGUUGCAUUUGUCUGGAUACAGCCGUGGGCAUUGUGGGAGUUUUGAGAACGUAAGGAACUAUAGUGCUGUUUGUCAAUCCGCUCUCAACGUGUCUGCGACUCCCGUUAAAAAGAGACUGCCUUUGUCCCUCCCCUCCACCCCAAGUUUUGGCUGCUACGCUCUCCAACACCACGCAUUAGACUGCUCCGUCCAGCCAAGCAACUCACUUGAACAACAUCUUUUGCGGAACAUUAAACCUAGUGAGGACGAAAGAAACAUGUUUCAACCAACAAUGCAAAAUGCAAAUGUACUGUCUUGGCCAGCAGUGGAUAACGUAAGUUCUGCUGGUCUGAGUUCCAUUCAGAAGACUGCAACGCCUCGAAAAACGAACCAGGAACAGGAUUUGAUGAGUGAAAUUGAUGAAUUCCUCAACAGCGUUCAGAAAAAGCACCCGGAAAAAGUUCAAGAAAAUGACUUCGGUAUGAAUGGGUUCGCUGGCCACCAGUUGCACAGGAACUCCGAGUCUGCAUCUGUUUCAUUCUCUGCGCAAUCACAAGUAUUGCCCAGCGCCAGACAACAUGGACUAGAUUCCGAGAUCAAAGGACUAGCACUGUCAGAUGUUGGCAGGCUUCUUGAUGAGGUUGAAAGCACACAAAAAGAAAUCAUGCAGAAGCUGCACGACAUAAACAAACCAUUUCCAGAAAGAGCUCUGUCGCUGGAAACGUCGCUCAGCGCGAAUGGACCUGUGCCAAAACUGGACGUAAGUGAAAUUUCUACUCAAACACAAGGUAGGUUACUUACUAGUACUAUUGCAGGAAAAGAAAAUGGUAUUACAUCUCACCACAUUGAAACAAGCCGUCAACAAACAGAAUGGAGUGUGGACUUAACAGAAAAUACAUUGAACUCUAAUAAAAAUUCAGCACCUAAUACAUUGGGGUUGAACAGAGCUAGACGAAAGUUAGACCUAGGUGGGGAGUGUCCUGCCAGUUCAGGUGUUGCCACAGGGACCUCUGACGUUAGCGACGGGGCUGUGUUCGUGGACCCGACUAGCCACGCCACAUUAGCGUCUUCCCUGAACAGUGUGGCUAGCAGCUCCCUUGUACCCUCGGCCCAUGGCAACAGGACCGUCCCGGCCCAGCUCUCCUCGCACUCCGCACAGGAGCGAGCUGCUGCUGGCCCUUCGCUGGAACCUGGGCCUCCGUCGUCCGUCCCGGGACACGCGCAGAGACUGGGAGACACGAGCCAGGCUUUCUUCCCCAGCGAUGGCAUCAGCAACGAUGCUUCGGGUGACGACAGCAGGCAAGAGCCUCCGAAGCUUGAUUAUGAAAACAAUCCUGUAACGAGGGUAGCGCCGGAGAGGGGCCACCUGCUGAGCCUGUCGGAGCUGUGGAGCGGGAGCGAGGGGCAGGGCCCGCGAGGAGACGGCACAGCCGACCCCGGGCGCCGGCUGGAGGAGGAGCACUACAGGCGCCAGCACUGCGAGCAGCUGAUCCGGCAGCUGCAGGGACGCCUGCUGGAGGAGCAGCAGCGGCUGGCGGUGGCGCUAGAGGUGGACCGCGCCAAGGACCGGGCCAUCACGCGCCUGCGGGCGGGCUGGCGGCAGCUGGCGGCGCACUGGCGCGGGCUGGAGGAGCAGCUGCUUCGCGAGCGCGAGGCCCGGCAGCUCGACCUGGCCCGGGCCGAGCAGAGGGCGAAGCAGCUGGAGGGAGAGCUGUCGAGGACGCUGGGCCUGGCCGAGGACUACCGGGGGAAGAGCGAAGCGGCGAGCCGCGAGCGAGAGGAGGCCGCGAGCAGGCACCGGCGGGAGAUGCGGGAGGCUGCCGCCAGAGUGCGGCAGGCGGAGGAGGCCUUGGAGGAGGCACGGGCCCGGGGGGAGGAGGCGGCGGAGCAGUUGCUCCGUGCGGAGCAGGAGGCUCGCAAGGAGAAGCAAGCGAAGGAAGCCAUCGCCGCAGAGAUGGGGCAGUGUCGGGAGACGCUUGCCGAUCUGGAGGCUGAACUGCUGGCUGCGAAAGAGGAGAAGGCAUCGCUCCAGAUGAAGCUCAAGGAGGAAAGGAACAGGACCGCUCUGCUGGACAAACAGAAGAAGGCCUUGCAAGCAGCACUGGAGGACCUCAAAAAGAGAGAGAAGGCCGGGCGGGAGGAAGCGCGGGCGGCGGCGGAGGAGAGGCUGGAGGAGCGGCUGGAGCGGGCCAGGCGGGAGCUGCGGGACCACUACCAGCGGCAGGUGGAGGGGGUGGUGGCCGGGAAGAUGCAGGAGUUCCAGGCCCAGCUGGACGCGGCCGAGGCCUCCAUGCGCGCCGAGCUGCAGCAGCGUGAGAGCGCCGUCACCCGGCUCGCCGCCCGGCAGAUCAAGAGCAUCGCCGAGAAGCACGAGGAGGAGACGCGGCUCUUGGGGGAGAAGCACCGGGAGGAGCAGCAGAUGCUGCGACUGCAGCUGGCGCAGAGCACGCAGCUGGCGCGAGAUCUGGAAGCCGAGCUAGCCCUGCUGCAGAGCCAGCGCGCGCAGCUGGCCCGGCGUCUGCACGGCAUCAUGGAGGUGCAGUGGAGGGAGUCCCUGCGCGUUAUCACCGGCGCCAGCCCCGCCGUGCCCCCAGCCACUCCGAGGCCUGGGGAGCCGGCGCGGGGGGAUCCCUCCCUCGCGCAGGGCGGCAGCUGCGCAGCUGGCACGGACCAGGACGGCCGUGCCACGGCGGCACAGCCGCAGCAGCCGGCCGGCGUCCAGCGGGCCGACGGAGGGGACGAGCUGAGGAAGUACAUCGCGAUGCUACUGGACUGCAAACCAGGGAACCCAGUGGGAGACGUGUCCGUCAUACCAACUUCAGAGUGUGGUCACAUACCAGCCAGGACUCAGCAGGAAUAUUUGGGAGCAGGGCUCUCGGACCAGGACCGCCGCCUGGUGCAAGGUUACACAGCUCGCCCCGACCCAGCAGACUCCAGCAGAGACAGCCAGGCCGGGAAGCCACCCUGGAAGUGACCUUGAGAUCAGAACAACAGUAAUAAGCACACGUGUAAUGUCGCGAACAAUCUCUCAGAACUCGUAUUUAUUAACUCGGGCACGUAUCGUGUUCCUAUAUUUUUUAAUAUCAGUGUCGUGAAUGUGCAUGCAGAAUAUGGCUGUCAUAUUUGUAUCAAGAAUUUUUAUGGGAAAAAUAAAUUGAGAACCCGUU